GACCGGUCAGCUGACGUUGUCAUAUUGUCUCUCACCGAGCCAAGCCUCGGCUAUAACACUCGCGUUUGUGCGUCUUAACCGGAGAUUGGAAAUUAAUAAUAUUGAAUCCUCAAAGUAGCCCACGUCCAGUUAGAGGCAGAAAGUGGAGAGAGAAAAAAGAAGAGCUUGGAGAAAGGUGUGGUUGGUUGACACAGACGGGAAGGAGAUUUACUGAGAAGGAGAUUGAAAAGAGAGCGAUAAAGAAGUGGGGAGAGUUUGGUGAGAGGGUUACAAGCAAGGUAUGAAUUCUUAUUUCGCAAACCCGUCGCUCUCGUGCCAUUUAUCCGGUGGUCAAGAUGUUUUGCCUAACGUCCCCCUGAACUCCACCACCUAUGACACAGUCAGACAUUUUUCGUCGUACGGUGCCGCUGUGACCCAGAAUCGGAUAUAUGCACCUUUCUACUCCCCUCAAGACAAUGUCGUCUUUGGCUCUGGCAGGGCACAGUACGAGUAUGGAUCAAACGUGUUUCUUCAGGACAAGGAUGUGCUGCCCAGCUGCAGACAAACUAACAUGGGACUCAAUACACAAAGCCACAUUGCUCAAGAGUACAGUUUGGAUCAAGGAAGAGCAGGAGCGCAGGAGCAGAAAAGCAACAUCCCGAUCUACCCGUGGAUGCAGCGCAUGAACUCACACGGCGCAGGAGUGGGCUACGGGACAGACAGGCGCAGAGGACGUCAGAUCUACUCUCGCUACCAAACACUCGAGCUGGAGAAGGAGUUUCACUUCAACCGCUACCUGACCAGGCGCAGACGCAUCGAAAUCGCCAAUGCGCUUUGUUUAACGGAGCGCCAGAUCAAAAUCUGGUUUCAGAACCGGCGCAUGAAAUGGAAGAAAGAGAGCAACCUGACCUCCACGGUGACUGGAAGUGAACAAACAGGAGCCUCUCCGGAGGAGGAAGCACGCAGUGGCGCAGCGGAAGAAGAGAAGGAUGAGGACAAGAAGAAAGAAUAGUAAAAAAAGAAGAAGCACCAUUAAAACCCAACAUAACUACCUAAAAAAAUCUACAUGGACUUGAGAGCGACUUCACUGCAUGAUGGCUACCCCGCAGCUCUCCCACUUAUACACCAUGUUGACCACAGGAGUGUUGAGCCUCAGAAAUCCAAAUUAUUUCAGCCACAGUUUGGCCCCCUGUGACAUGUGGAGCGCUCAUAUUUUUCACAUUAUUUUCCUGCAAUGUCACUUGUAUUGUGAAAAUAAUAAAGAAGUAUUAAUUUCUACGUUA